AUGCCGCCCUGGCUGCUCGGCAGCCUCUGCUGCGUCCUGGCCGCGCGGGCGGCGCUGGGCGGCGGCUCCGCGGGCGCGGAGGAGGAGGAGGAGGAGAAGCUGAUCCGGGUGCUGGUGCUGCUGCCGCAGGACGACGCCUACCUCUUCUCGCUGGGGCGGGUGCGCCCGGCCAUCGAGUACGCGGUGCGGAGCCUGCGGGAGAGCGGCGCGGGUCUGCCGCCCGGCUACGCCUUCCAGCUCACCUACGAGGACUCGGCGUGCGGCAACCGCGCCCUGUUCAGCCUGGUGGACAUGGUGGCCCUGCAGCGCCGCCGCCCCGACCUGCUGCUGGGGCCCGUGUGCGAGUACGCGGCGGCGCCGGUGGCGCGGCUGGCGGCGCACUGGGACGUGCCGAUGCUGUCGGCGGGCGCGCUGGCCGCGGGCUUCGGCGCCAAGGCCGGCGAGUACUCGCACCUCACCCGCGUGGCCCCCGCCUACGCCAAGAUGGGCGAGAUGCUGCUGGCCCUCUUCCGCCACCACCAGUGGAACCGGGCCACGCUGCUCUACAGCGACAGCAACCCCGAGCGCAGCUGCUACUUCGCCAUGGAGGGCGUCCAUGUGGUCUUCCAGGAGGAAGCCUUCCACAUGGCCGUGCACAGCUUCGACGAGACCAGCCGCCACCUCGACCUCGACGACGUCGUCCGCGCUCUCCAGACCGGCGAGAGGGUUGUAAUCAUGUGUGCCAGUGGUGACACUAUCAGGAACAUCAUGUUGGCUGCUCAUCGGCAAGGAAUGACCAACGGGGACUACGCUUUCUUCAACAUUGAACUCUUCAACAGCUCAUCAUAUGGAAAUGGUUCUUGGAGAAGAGGAGACAAACAUGACCUUGAAGCCAAGAAAGCAUACUCGUACCUCCAGACUGUCACUCUGCUGAGGACCGUGAAGCCUGAGUUUGAGAAGUUUUCCCUGGAGGUGAAAAGUUCUGUUCAGAAGCAAGGUCUUCAUGAGGAUGACUAUGUGAACAUGUUUGUGGAAGGAUUCCAUGACGCUAUUCUUCUUUAUGCUCUAGCUUUACGGGAAGUCCUGAAGUUUGGUUUCACUAAGAAAGAUGGGGAAAAAAUCGUUCAGCAAACACGGAACAGAACAUAUGAAGGCAUUGCAGGGCAGGUGUCCAUUGAUGCCAAUGGAGACAGAUACGGGGAUUUCUCUGUGAUUGGAAUGACAGACCCAGAGGCAGGCACACAGGAGGUGAUCGGGGACUACUAUGGAAAGCAGGGGCGUUUUGAGAUUCGAUCAAAUGUGAAAUACCCUUGGAAUCAUGGCAGGCUGCGGCUAGAUGAAAGCCGAGUUUCAGAGCACACAAACAAUACACCGUGUAAAUCAUCAGGUGGUCUAGGAGAAUCAGCAGUUACAGGAAUAGUUGUGGGCGCCUUGCUUGGAGCAGGAUUGCUAAUGGCUUUUUACUUUUUCAGAAAGAAAUACAGAAUAACUAUUGAGAGGCGAACUCGACAGGAGGACUGUAACAUGGGGAAACAUCGGCAGUUACGUGAAGACUCCAUUAGAUCUCAUUUUUCUACUGCAUAAAGAAGAGGAAAAAGAAUCCCAUUCUUCCUAGGGAAAAAAAAAAUAAUUAGGGAAAAGGACACAACCAAAGACAUCAGUGUAAAAAGAAGAGGCUCUUGAAGAACAUACUCUUUUAAGCAGUAGUUUUGUCUUAAUUUCUUUCAGAAGCUCAGGAAUGAUUUACUAAUCACAUUAUGCCGCAUGGCCUUUCAUCUCAUGAAAAAAGAAAAUUAUGCGGUUUGAUGUUAUAGGGUGUACUUAAUAUGUAAAGACAGUAUUUCUUAAAGCAUGUAUUGAGGGCAGCAGAUCUGGGUUUAGUUGAUGGGGAAUGCCUCAUUGUGUUCCUUUUUUUUUUUUUUUUUUUUAGCUUCCACCACCUCCUUCCAUAAUUGCAUCUCACCCAUGGGUGUCAGAUAUGGUUUCACAGGCACAGGUGCUGGUUGCUGUCAAAAGGAAAAAAAAGAGAUUUAUUUGGGGUAUGAUCCUGCAUCACUGAAUCACUGCCAUUGGUUAUAGGGGAUAUAAGAUUUGGUGUACGGAGUUUAGUUCUGGGAGAGAACUGGCACUUGGGUCUAAUCAACUCCACUGAAAAAGGCAGGUGGAAACACACACAAUUCUUUCCUUGUUUGUGUGGUAUCACAAUCAAAAGCACUGUUUCUCCCUCUUAAAUGCUGGGAGUUACGAAAGUCUCCAGUGAAAAAUGGGGAGUUUCGGUGGUGUGAAAUAGGGGAGGGAAGACAAUCAGGCCUUGGAGAGGACUGUUUAAUUCCUCAGUCUUAUAUGUGUUUUAUCACGCUCUUUUCUCUCCACUGCCGUGACUUUUCAGAGUGGCAAAUAUAGGCCGUGUCGAGCCUGCUCCUGUUCUCAGUGAAGUCAGUGGCAAAAUCCCAUUAACUUCAAUGAGCACAGGACUGCAUCCAAAACUGUAAAUAUGAAAGUGUUUGUAUAGCUGACGCAAUUCAAAAGGGGAUCUUUUUUUGU